UUACGGUCUCUAUAUAUUCGGACUUGUUAUACAGAAGCUCACUCAGCUCCAUGGUCCCUUCGCUCCGGCGUCACUUCCGGUGCGCGGGGAGAGACAGGCGCAGUGAGGUCACAUGAUCUCCUGUCACAAAGUGCGGCCAAAACUUUCCCUCAGCUAAGGCUGCAAUGGAUACCUAGAGGGCUUGUACCUGGAGAACUGGGCACAGUUACAUCUAUAGAUGUCUCUCCAACCAUGGAAGAUGCAGUGGGUGCUAAAUCCCUCACGUCAGAAGAGAAAGAGAAGAUAAAAGAAAGGCUUUGCUUGUUAAAGAAGGAAUACAAGAGAACAUUUAACCGUUUGCGGCGAUCCCAGAGGGCCGAGCGGGUGAAAACACAUGUGCAAAAGACCAUUGCAGAGCAGAACCAUUUGCUUAGCCAAGAAGGAGCCGGACCUGGUAACAGAGGAUCACAAAGCAGCAUCGCAAGCAAUGAUGCAGAUUUACAAAGUAAAUCAACCAGACCAGACACAGAGAGAAAACCAUGUGUUACAUUUAACUUCGAGCCAGAAAUCCUUUGUGCUGAAGGCAGCUCCCCAUGUUGUUCUGUGAGUGGAAGUAGCGGGCAGGAGCUCGAUGGCACAGAAAAGCCCCAGGAUAUGGGGCAAGCGUUUGACACCACAAUUCAGAGAAGCAGAUUGAAGUUAAGGAGAUCAACAAAGAGGCGCUGUUCUGCAGAUCAGUCUCUUUCUGAUGGCUCCUUGUUCAGUGAUACACUGAAAGAUACAGAUGGAUUACAGGGUAAAGUGAUGGAUAGGAGUGAUUGCGGGUUGCCAGUUUUUAAAAAGAGUGCAAAACAUCCCAUGGACCAAAAUCAUGUGAACCUGCAUGAUUUCUCUGUCGGUCCUGAUUUUGGCACAGAGAAUUUGAACACUGCAGCACUGGACACUGGGAAUAUUACAGAUUUUUUGGGGGGGAAUGUGGAUGCUUCUCCAGUUACCAGAGAACAAUGCCUUGACAACAAGAUACAGGUUAAGUCAGGAUUCACUGAAGUCACUAUAGGGAAAAUGCAAGAGCCACCCAUGACUCCUGGCUUGGAAAACAUAAAGGAACCCUUGUUGUCUCCUUGCUUGGGCAAAAUAAGGAAAUCCUCAUUGCUUCUAUGUACAGACAAGCCAAGAGAACCCUCUUUAUCUCCUAAUACAGAGAAAACAAGGACACCCCCACUUUGUCUAAGUCCUAAUAUUGACAAAACAACCAGUCCAUUACGGUCUCGUCAGAAAGACAAAACAGAACCCCCACCUGCCGAUAUAGAGACAUCAAGGGAACUGUCAUUGUCUUCUUACAUGGAACAAAACAAUACAUUGGCUCAGAAGGACCAGACAAGUUGCGAUCUUGGGCUUACACUACAACAGGGGCACACACAUUCUACUCCACACAUACCUACUCCCUUGUGUUCAGAUGAACAGAAUCUUUUAAACCAAAUAAACAAUGUCCAAGAUACAACCACUAACACAGGGGAGGACAACAACCCACUGAACUCUUGUACUCUUGUGGAGGGACUUCUAUUCCCUGUUGAAUACUAUGUGAGGACAACACGUCGCAUGUCUAACUGCCAAAGAAAAGUGGACCUUGAUGCCAUUAUUCACAGCCAGCUUGGUACCAGCAGGAGAGGGUCACGAGGAAAACCAAGGUCAAGGAGAGUAAGCGGAGAAGAGGGAAGCAUUUACACAUCUCCAUCCCCAAUGGCUUGCUUUGCAUCAGAAUUUAUAUCUAAUGCUUUGUGUUUAACACCACUCAGCCACCAGACUCCUAACAGCAAUAAACAUGGAGCAAAUCGGGGCCGAAGGGGGAGGGGAAGAUACUCCAGUCCAAAGCUCGAAUUACCUCAGGUAUCCUCCUCACAUGAUGUUAGGAAGAGAUCCUCCUUGUUGGAACCUGAUGCAGUCGCUAGCCCAAUUUCUAAUGGUUCACAAAGCGAAAAAGAGAAUUGCGAGGAACAGACAACCCCCAGGUUGGAUCCUCAUUCUGCCCAUUUGUUUGCCCCUUACAGAACAGAACAGCCACAUGUGACAGAAGGUUUGAAUUCUGAACAAAUCUACAUCCUGCCCAAUUCUGACCAGAAAAGUAAAUACAAUCUAAGAUCAAGAAACUCUGCCAGUCUUUUUCAUUAUUCCUUACCAGAUGACAUGGAUGACUUUGAUAAUGGCUCCAUUAACCAAAAUAAGCUGAAACGAAGCAUUGAGUUUACAGAUAACCAGAAAUCAGAGAGGCAGAGAUCAUGCCUUACUCCAUCUUCUCCAUUCCCUGCUCUGAGCAGCAGAAUGAGCCUGGAAAAGCUAUUGUCUUGUUUAGAAAUUAAAGAUUUCCAUUUGCCUGAUGAUGAUUUUGGUUUCCUGAAGCUUCAAAAGCUGAAGUCAUUAAGUCAACUGGAACCUUUUGUCCCCCUACCAACUACUGAAACUGGUAGAACAAAACCUGAUAAUACAACGCUGCCAGGUACAGAUUAUUCUACUGCAUUUCAGGCCACCAUAGAUUCGAGUGUCCUUGCCAUAAAACCCAGUGCAUGCACUUUAUACAAUGGAAAAUCUAAUGCAGCGCCACCUGACAAAACAGCCUCUAAAGCAAUACUUUGUGUUGAAAUACCAAAUGCACCAAGCCAAGAGCAUGUUGCUUAUUCUGCACAUUCUGUAGAACUUCCGCCCCCAGUCUCCCAGGUCAGGAAAAGUCAGGAAACUGUUCUAAACCAUUUACAGAAAAGGAGUGAUGACAUCAGGCCUUGUGAGGUUGAUGUGAAACCCACUGGUAAUGAGUCGGUGCCUCAUGCAUCUCCACUGCCUUCCAAACAUCUUAAGACACAGACUAACAGUGAAAUCAAACUCUCCUUACAUCCUUGUGAGGAGUUGGGGGCUUCAGGAUCUUCAGAGUUCCAGAUAAAAUCAUCUGCUCCACAAUUUCCUUUAAAAGAAGUUCCCUGCAGUGUCCUUUUAGCAACCUCAAUGUGUUCCAUGCCUCUAGAAACAUCAAAUGACACUGAGCUGGCUUCUUGCACUCCAGGCUUCCCUUUCUUGGGUUCCACGCCUGCUGCCCUUUCCGCUCCAUCACCGGGAGGCUCUGUCCUUACGCCAUGCAGUCCUAAAUUGGAAAAACCAACAGCAACCAUAAAUAAGACCUUACCAGCACAAAGUUCUGCGGAUGAAUUAAAAAGCCUGAGAUUGGGUGAGGUCAUCGAAAAAGAAGUAAAUGAGAGUAAGGCAGAGCAAUGCAUUGUACUGGCACCCGGUUCAGGCAGCUUGUCUCAGUACGGGGACACUGCAGUAAAUGUGAAACCCAUACUUAUGAAGGAGAGUCUGCAAGAAGUCUAUCAUGUAGAGAAUUGUGCAGAAGAAUUUAUCACGGAACAAUCUUGUGGAUCUCAGCAUGAAAAUCCUUUGUGGACAUCUGAGGGUGGUCACCUGCGUCUCAUCUCACAGAUACAGGAUGGCUGCUUUGGGAAGUGCAUGAUAGACCUUUGUUCAGUACAGUGGGAGUUUCCUUCUGGGACAGAGAUGUGCAUUGUGGGUGCCAGUGAAUCUGCCAUCUCUCUCUGGAGACCACACAGUGCAGGGCGGCAGUGGGAAGCUGCUCACAGCUGGAUCUUUACUGAGAUGCCUGUCAUCCAGAUACUCCCUCUUCCAGGAGAGAAGAAUAUUAUGUGUGUGGCUUUGGGAAACCUUGAGAUUCUGGAGAUCUGGGCUCUGUUCUCCUGUCCAAGAGGUCUGAGCUGGGAGCAGCGAGUGGUGAAGCUCGGACAUACAGAAACAGCUCGGGGCUUGUCCAAACUUCGGCUGGUCUGCAGCAGUGGCCUGGGCCCAAACCAAGAGGUGGAAAUUUUGCAGCUGUCAGAGAAAGGAAGAACCAUGAGGUCUCAUACACUGCAGCCCCCGGAGGCAAGUAUCCUGUCCUUUUCUGAAGUGGAAGGAGAGGCGGAUGCUGUAGUGGGCUCCACUGUCGAUAACAAAGUGGUUAUUUGGAAUGGUGCCACAGGGCAGCUGCUAAGCACCAUAAAUGUAGGGGAACUCUGCGGUGACUCAGCCUGUUUAAGUGCAUAUUCCGACUCAGGUUUGCUUUUCCUGCUCCUCGCCAGUCCUUAUAGCAACAGCUUAGAGGCGGCACGGAAAUGCAUUUUUACACUGAUUGCAGCCAAUCCUAAGAGUGAGCGUUGUGCCCACGUUAUGUCUUAUACUCUGCCUGAAGGACAGGAUGGAAGGUAUUUGGAAGGUGAUAUCAUUAGCCACAAUGCAGCCGCAGUAUUAACCAGUGGAAGUGUUGCAUUCUGGGAUUUACCCAGAAGUCAUUGCUCUGCUCUUCUCAUUACCAAUGUGGACAUUCACUGGUCCUUGGUAAGAUGGACCCACAGCAUGUCACAAGUUCUGGCUGGGCAGAAAAAUGGAACUAUCUACAUUUAUUCUUACACAGGAUUGGCCCCAAAAGAAAAAAUUAAGGAGUUUGAGAAAAACGGAAUCAGCUGAGAUUUCAAAAGUCCUGCCUAGAAACAGAUUGCUGUAUGGGAGAUGAGCAAGGCCCAAUGACUUUACUGCUGAAAUCUGUAGCUGGAUGAAAUAGUGGAUCAUUUAAUCAUAUGUUGUAUACAACAGAGAAUGCCCCAGACCUUCAGCAUAGGGAGUAAAUGAAGGAACAGUAUUUUGCAGGCUGGCAGGGGCACCCUGCAACAGUGUUCCUGCAUUUAAUCAUAUGACCAUGGGUAGUUGCCAUUGGCACAGAAGGAAAUCCAGUUAGCAGAAUAAGGGGCAAGAUAGAAAAUGAGACUUAUGCUCCAAACUGGUGCCAGUUUGCCUCUUGCCUUCAGUUUGGGUUGUAUCAGGUAAACUGGCCUUUAUAAUGCACUGUUCUUGCACUCUAAUAAUUGUAUUGUAAAUGUAGUUUUUCCUCAACCGACAUAAAACAGCAUGUCCUAUUUCUGAGAGAGCAAGAUCGCUAUAUAGUAUCUAUAUGUACAUAUAUAUCCCUAUCAUUACUUCUUCCAGCUCAGGUUACAGAGCCCUGUAUGGCUGCGUUCAACACUCUUUUAAAAUAAGGACACCUUUGUAUUAUAGUGUGCAAUUAUAUUUUUUUCUCCUCUAGACCAACUGUAUAUAAGUGUCUGGAUAAAACGAACCACUAAGCUGACAGCAGCCAGUAGCUCACUACAAAACAAAGCUGUGCAAUUAAAGGUUGGUUAUUGGUUAAAUUACCAAAGAAACCAAAGACAGGUCCAGUUAUACUGACUGGUAGUGUUGUAUUUGUGGGGUUUGUAAAGAAAAUGUACAUUUUUGUUGUAAAUAGCUGCAUUAAAGUAUCUUAAAGUGUUUUGUA